AUGGAGGAUGGGGCGUGGAGGCAUGGGGAGGUGAAUGAUGGGUGGGCGAGGGAUGGGGAUGCGAGGGAUGGGGAGGUGAGGGAUGGGGAGGUGAUGGAUGGGUCCGCGAGGCGAUGGGAGAUGAGGGCAGGGGAGAUGAGGGAUGGGGAGAUAAGGCUUGGGGAGGGGAGGCAUGGGGAGAUGAGGCAUGGGGAGAUGAGGCAUGGGGACAUGAGGGAUGGGGACAUGAGGGAUGAGGAGGUGAAGGAUGGGGAGGUGAGGGACGGGGAGAUGAGGGAUGGGGAGAUGCGGAAUGGGGAGGUGAUGGAUCGGGCGGCGAGGCGAUGGGAGAUGAGUGCAGGGGAGAUGAUGGAUGGGAUGGGGAGGUGA